AUGUUCAAAUACUUUGCAUUCUUCACCCUACUCGCUGUCGCCGCCGCUAAACCUGGUCUGCUCGCCGAAACACACACCGUUGUUCAACCUGCAGUAGUUGCCAAAACCGCUUAUAUCGACAAUAGCGCCUCGUCAGCCAUUACUCACCAAAGCCACGUGAACUUGGUUAGGAAGGUGCCAGUUGUACCAGUUGUCCAUGCCGCUCCCGUCGUCCACGCCGCUCCUGUCGUCCAUGCCGCUCCUGUCGUGCAUGCUGCUCCGGUUGUAAAAACCAUUGCCACGCCCGUGGUGCAUGCCGCUCCUGUCGUCCACGCCGCUCCUGUCGUCCACGCCGCUCCGGUCCUCCACGCCGCUCCGGUCGUGCAUGCCGUUCAUGCCGCUCCAGUCGUGCAUUCCACCCAUGUUUUGCCCGUUGUGCACUCAGCUCCUUUAGUAAAGACUGUUGUCUCUGCUCCUGUUGCCUACAGCUUCCACCACUAA